AAUAUUGCAACAAGUCAACAACAAUAUCAAACAUCCCUGUCAACGUAAGGAUUAAAAAUAAACAAUAAUAAUUGAAAAUGUCAAACUUUAAUCAGACAGAUAUAAUUGAAGAUGAUGCAGCUGAUUUAAAAUUUCCAAAAGAAUUUGAAAAUGCUGAAACACUAUUGAUAUCUGAGGUACACAUGCUUCUGGAGCAUAGAAAAGCACAAAAUGAAUCUGCUGAAGAGGAACAAGAAUUUUCUGAAGUUUUUAUGAAAAGUCUCAAUUAUACUGAUCGUUUUAGAAAAUUUAAAAACAAAGAAAUAAUUUCAGCAGUUAGAAAUUUAUUGAUGCAAAAAAAAUUACACAAAUUUGAGCUUGCAUCAUUGGCAAAUUUAUGUCCUGAAACACCAGAAGAAGCAAAAGCAUUGAUACCAAGUCUUGAGUGUAGAUUGGAAGAUGAAGAAUUACGAACAAUUCUUGAAGAUAUUCAUACCAAAAGAUCACUCCAAUACUAAAAAUACAUUUUUUUUUAAAUUUUUCAUAAUUUUAAAACUAAGUCAUAUUAAUUAUUAAUAUUAUUAUUUUUUUUUUAU